UUGUCAAGCACUGAUCGACCAUUUUAACUUUGCUCCAGAAAAAAAUUUAAAGCAGUUCGGCGAUGUGUUCUUUAGCGACUGCUCACUUGAAAUCCAGCUGCAUUCCCACCCUUUCCUCAUGCAUGCUCAAUUCUCAGCCUCGUAUCCAUGGAGGGGAAGACACUCGCGACGAGGCUGUGAUGCAUCUUCCCCGUCUCUCUACCUUCCUCAGCUUCAUCCUCAUCUCCGUCCACCUCGUUUCCUUCCUCCUCACCAAGCUGUUCACUCUUCUCCUUGAAAGAUCAGCGGCCAACAGAGAACUCAGGCUUUUUCCCUCGAACAAUCUUGAAGAUGAGAUCAAGCUGAAAACAGAGGACAAUUACUCUGUCCGCGAAGAAUCACCUCCGUGCAUCUUACGCAGAGAAGGAGGUCUGCUUUUUCUCUCCAAGGAAAGCGCCGUCGACCAGGGUCUAUUCAUUCGAGAAGAAUGUUAUUCCAAUCUCCAGCAUCUGGAUGAAAUAUCAGACAAGGAAUCCUCGUUCCAUUCCCCACUUUCCGUCUUAAUCUGUCAUGAAAAAGAUACCGAUCUCGUUGGAGAUUCUAGUCAUAGUAUCAAAUUCAAGGAUGAUCGUGAUGAUGCUGAGGAGGAGGAAGAAGAGGAGAUCGUCAUUGUGGAUGAACCACAAUGCAAAAGAAGAAUUUUUGAGCUGGAAGAAGACAGUAAGAUAAGAAUGGAAGGUGGACCCAAUUCAUCUAAGAGCUCCAUGGAAGUGGAAUGGAGGAAUUCUACAGUCUCCAGGGAUUCCGACUUGGAGUGUCUCUUCUCCUCUUCAUCAUCACGAAGGAGUUCUUCCAAUUGGGAAACCGACUCAAUUUUCAGAAAGUACGAUCAAGAAAUGAUGUUCUUUGACCGGAUCAGUGAACAAAAACUGGCAGAAACAGAAUCAUUUAGGAAUAUAUUGUUCCAACCAAGAUCAAUCUCGCAAAGGAUAGUCCACAAAAUUACGACGCAGAAAAAAAUGAUGAAGAAGAUUAAGGAGGAAGGAAGGAAUCCAUAUCAUGAUCUGGAGAAUGCUUAUGUAGCUCAGAUUUGCCUGGCCUGGGAAGCCCUUAACUGGAAUUACUGCAAUUUCAAGCAAAGGAUGAAUACCAACACUCAACGCUCCUUCUGCACUGCAUGGAUAGCUCAGCAGUUCCAACAAUUCCAGAUUCUCCUGAAUCGUUUCAUCGAAAAUGAACCUUGUGAGCGUGGCCGGAGACCUGAACUCUUUGCAAGGAUGAGAAUUUGCUACCCCAAAUUACUCCAAGUUCCUGAACUCCAAUGUAUUCAUAAAAUUUUUCAUCAUUCUUUUUUCCAAAAUCCCGAUACUGAGAUUGUUUGUAUGUUUGUGUGGAUUUCAAAAAAAGAUUCAGAAGCUGAGGAGGGCGGAGUGGAUAUGGUCUCAUCUAAAGAAUUCUUUACGAUUUUAGAAGAUGCAAUCAGAACUUUCCUGAGAUUUCUCAGUGCAGACAAGAACAAUCCUUGUCAAAUGCUUAAAGCAAUCGUUAGGAGAAAGUCUAGAUCGAUGGAUUCAGAUCAUCUUCAUUUGCUCAAGAAAGCCAAUAAGAAAAAGAAGAUGAGGCUUAAAGAUUUGCUGAAGGGAAGGAGAUGCUUGAAAGGCAAGUGGCCCAGCCUGAAGGACGAGGACGAGGACGAGGAUGAGAUGGUAAUACUGAUGGCCUUGAUAGACAUGAAGAUUGUUUCAAGAACUCUGAGGAUGGCUGAGAUACGCCAAGAGCAGCUUCACUGGUGCGAGGAGAAGAUGAUCAAAGUGAGAGUUUGGGAUGGCACAAUCGAGAGAGAUUCCUCCCCACUUUUUCCCACUUCGCUGUCUCCCAAUUGAGCCCUGCUCAAUCUGCUUUCCGUUAGCUCAAAUUGUAUAAAAAUUAGGCAUUAAAGACACAAAGGUGAAGCUUCUCAUCAUCGAACAGGGUGGAGACUCCUGAUAGAAUACUCGGAUUAUUAAACGAAAUUGUAAUUUCAACUACAAA